CAGGUAAUACAUACCUGCGACUGCGACGAGUGAGUAAAGCUUCAUCUUCUUCCUCCUUCCUCCGGCCUCUUCCUGAGUGCUGCACGCAGUGCGUAGGAAGGAACUCGCGUACGUACGUGUGCUAGCUAGCUAGCUCGACCACGCGCAGCACGCAGGCGCGUAGUAGCUCGAUCGAUCGACCGCCGGCCGGAAAUGUCGACCAACUCGAGGUCCAACUCCAGGGCCAACUUCAACAACGAGAUCCAUGACAUCGGCACGGCGCAGAACUCCAGCAUGCCCCCCACGUACUACGACCGGUCGCUGGCGGACAUCUUCCCUCCGCACCUCCUCAAGAAGGUGGUCUCGGAGGUGGUGUCCACGUUCCUGCUGGUGUUCGUCACGUGCGGGGCGGCGGGGAUCUACGGCAGCGACAAGGACCGCAUCUCGCAGCUGGGGCAGUCGGUCGCCGGCGGGCUCAUCGUCACCGUCAUGAUCUACGCCGUCGGACACAUCUCGGGCGCGCACAUGAACCCCGCCGUCACGCUCGCGUUCGCCGUGUUCCGCCAUUUCCCCUGGAUCCAGGUCCCGUUCUACUGGGCGGCGCAGUUCACCGGCAGCAUCUGCGCGUCGUUCGUGCUCAAGGCCGUGCUGCACCCCAUCGCCGUGCUGGGCACCACCACGCCGACGGGGCCGCACUGGCACUCGCUCGUCAUCGAGAUCAUCGUCACCUUCAACAUGAUGUUCGUCACCCUCGCCGUCGCCACGGACACGAGAGCGGUGGGUGAGUUGGCGGGGUUGGCAGUUGGUUCCGCGGUUUGCAUUACGUCCAUCUUCGCAGGGGCAGUGUCGGGCGGAUCGAUGAACCCGGCGAGGACGCUGGGGCCGGCGCUGGCGAGCAACCUCUACACCGGCCUCUGGAUCUACUUCCUGGGCCCCGUCCUCGGCACGCUCUCCGGGGCCUGGACCUACACCUACAUCCGCUUCGAGGAGGCGCCCAGCCACAAGGACAUGUCGCAGAAGCUCUCCUCCUUCAAGCUCCGCCGCCUGCAGAGCCAGUCCGUCGCGGUCGACGACGACGAGCUCGACCACAUCCAAGUGUGAUUCAUGCUCCAUCGAUCAGAGAGUGCGCACUUGUUUACUCCUCAGUCCUCUCACUCUAUGUAUCGGCAACACUCCCUAGGAUAUACUAGUGGUCCGUAGUCAUGGUCUAUGUCUAUGUGUCGCUCUUCUCUCGAUCCAUGCACGUCCGUGGCGCGGUGUGGAUGGGCUCGCUCUGUCAAAUGUGCCAAUGAGCUGGAGCUUAAUUUUGGGACG